CCUUAGUAUCCAUUGACGUCCCACAACAAUUAAACUUAUGAAAUAAAACGAAUUUUAUGUUUUUUUAAAAAAAAAGCACUUCACAAAUGUGUAAUACAAUACAUUAUGGGUUCAGAUACCGCCAGGGGUCUACACAUCUAUAAAACUAGAGGAUUUGUUGUUCAGAUUUAGUUUAUACAACAUUCAAAUGUCAGAUAGUAGCGAAAAAAGUAAUCUCAGUAGAGUUGAAGCCAGUAUCAAAAAUAGGAGAGGACGGCCAACUGGACAAACAAAUAAGGAAGGACACAAUGCUGGUCGCAAACGCAAACAAAUUGUUAAUCAAUCCUUUAUGACAAAUUUUUUGACAAAGACCCCCGAGGAGACGGUACAAUCUGAAGCCUCCACAUCAGCUGCAGCAGAUAAUGAGCAUAUUUUAUUUGGUAACACUGAACAGCUAAAUGCAGCUGGUAUUGAAGAAGACACACAUAAUAUUACUGCUUCUUUAAGUUCCGAGGGAGUUGAAGAAACUGAAGAUGAUUCAAAUGAGGAUGGAGUCGAAGAAACUGAAACUGAUUCCGAUGAGUUCGAGGAAUUGAAUGAGGAAGCAUUUAACAUCCUAGACGAGUUUGCUUCUUCAUUACCUUCUGACAGUGAAGUUGCUAAAUACCACGAAGCUCUUCAGCAAAGAUUGGGAGGAAACAACAAAAACAAGAGUCACCCCCCUGAUGAAUAUAAAAGAGGGACAUUUUGGACACAGACGCGGAACCCUUCUUUUAUUUUGGCGAAGGCUGCAGAUCCGUCGGAGCUGUACCACCCAAGAACGUUCAUUUGGCUACCUGACCAUUUGCAUGAUAACUUGGAUUUGACAAAAAAACAAAAGCAAGAAGAAUUAUUGAUCUGA